AUGAAGCCGGCCGUGGACGAGAUGUUUCCCGAGGGCGCCGGGCCGUAUGUGGACUUGGACGAGGCAGGAGGCAGCACUGGGCUCCUGAUGGACUUGGCCGCCAAUGAAAAGGCAGUUCACGCAGACUUCUUCAAUGAUUUUGAAGAUCUCUUUGACGAUGAUGAUAUCCAGUGA